AUGUUUCUACGCAUAAUUCAUUCAUUCGAUAAAAUUAUAUCCUUACAGGGAAUAAAAUUUUCUCGUUUCGCUUCUCAUGCAUCACCAGCUUCCAGCGAAGUUCGAUCUUCAUGUCCCGGACGUUCAAGUAAUCUUUCUAAUAGUAAACAAGCUAUUCCAUCAACUGACGUUUCAUCAUCAAUGAAAUUACCUGUACUCAAACGUCUACCAAGAAAAAAACCGGCAUGGAAAGAAAUCAAUUUUUCAAAUCAAUACGAAGGACAAUAUUUUAAUUUAACUGCAUAUGCUACUGCCGAUUGGUACGAUUUAAAUCAAUUAAAACAGCGUUUAACUUCAUUAUCAAAACCAUUUCAACUAGUUCAUAUAUCGGAUUUAAUUGAGAAUGUUCUUUGUAUUCGAAUACAUCGAGAUGGAACAAAGAAGAGUGAAGCAUUUAUUUUUGAUGACGGUGCAGUUAUUUUUUGGAAUGUUAAACAUGACGAUGAAAAAAUCAUUUUAAAAGAAGUAACUAAAAAAUUUGUUUGCUUUGAAAAUUAUUUUCUUUUUCUUUCGGUGUUUUGA